AUGUCUAGAAUGGCAGUGGACGAGUUAGGUGAGUAUAGUGUGUCUCCAGAUGUUUAUAAACCAAACAAUACUUUAAUGGAAAUUGACAGUUACGUUGGCGUUUCAAAUGUUGAUGUUGCAUCGACUUUAUGUUUUACUGUUGGAAUAGUUAUGGCAAGUUUUUUGCAACUUUAUUGUGUUUGUUUUUACUAAUUACAACUAUAUGCUUUGAAAGCCUUUAAUUUUUUUAGUUUGUGAUGGCUAUUUUACGACUAGAGUUUGUAACAGCUUACUUUUCUGAUGCAGUAGUUGGCGGUUUUUCAACUGGAGCAGCAUUUCACGUUUUUGUGAGCCAGCUGAAAGACUUUUUCGGUUUAUCAAAUUUACCUAAAAGAUACGGUGCCGGAAAUUUGUUCUUAAAAUUAUAUGACAUCAUCACUGAAGUUCCUGAACAGUUAAACCAAACAGUAAUGUUAAUUUCGUUACUGGGUUUAAUAUUUUUAAUAUUGGGAAAACAUUAUGUUACUCCAUUCUUUAAAAAGACGCUAAAAUUAAGCGUUCCGCCACCGUUUGAACUUUUACUGGUAUGUUUUUUAACUUAUGUUGUAAAUAUUUUUUGUUAUUUUUAGUUUACAUUUCUAGUAUAUUAAAGUAAAAUUUUAACUUUUGUAGUUAGUUGUUGUUACUGGUUUGUCAUCGUUUUUCCAUUUUCAUUCGAGGCACAAUGUUCCUAUUGUUGGUGAACUUGCGACCGGGUAAGACAAGGUGCAUUUAAAUAAGCAUUAUUACCAAAUAAUAUUUUUUGUAACCUAUAUUUAGGUUUUGUACACGUUUAAAGUUUUUAAGUUAAUAGUAAUAAUUACAUAAUUACUAAUUUAGGUUUCCCGUCCCUUCAUUGCCAGUUUUUAAAUUGGUUUUUCAUCUUAUACCUCAUGCUAUUACAAUUUCUAUUGUUGUAGCUGCUAUUCACAUCUCAUUAGCAAAAAUUUUUGGUAAAAAAUAUGGAUAUCGUACGGAUCCGGGACAGGAGCUUUACGCUCUGGGUUUUUCGUCAAUUUUAUCAUCAGUGUUUCCUAUGUACCCUGUAUCAUGCUCACUUAGUCGUACUGCUGUGAGUGUUGAAGCAGGUACCAAAACGCAAGUAAGUUUGUUUUUUAUUUUUGAUACUGUUUUUUAUACGUAAAUAAUAAAUUUAAAAAAUUUAUUUUUAGCUGUCUACGUUGUUUUCUAGUGUUAUAAUCGCAGCUGUAAUUGUAUAUUUUGGACAACUACUGAGAACGUUACCUAUGGUAAAUGUUUUUUUAUUUUUUAACUUUUGAAGUAUAACCCUUGAUGUAUAUACUUUUCAUUCGUAGUUCAGACGAAAACCUUGAAUUCUUGUCCACGAAAAAAGCUCUCAUAAUUUUGUAUGUUCCCUCUUUUUGUCUGAUUGCCGUCGGCAUUAGAGAAAAACUAGAGAACGCACAAAAUUAUGAGAGAUUUUUCGUGGACAAAAAUCCAACGUUUUCGUCUGAACUACGAAUGAAAAGUAUAUACAUCAAUGGUUAUAUGUACAAGCUUUGCUAAUAUUCAAUUAUUUUUUAGUGCAUCCUAAGUGUUGUCAUAAUGGUAGCCUUGACAAAUAUGCUUAAAAAAGUGGGAGAACUUAAGCGUUUAUGGCCUCUAUCAAAAACGGACUUUUUUAUAUGGCUUGUUAGUUUUGGUGCAACUGUUGGAUAUGAUGUGACUGAAGGUUUAGCUAUAUCUAUUGCUUUUGCGUUAAUGACUACAGUAUUUCGAACACAAUGGCCCCGGUGGCAUUAUUUAGCAAAUUUAAAAGGCACUAAUGAUUUUAGGGAUGCGGAACGUUAUGCCAGUGUUAUCGAUGUCAAUGUAUGGAAUUUGCACUUUUAAAAAAACAACAAAUUUUUCUUUUAUGUAAAGCUUAUAUAUACCAUGUGCUAUAGUUUUGAAAGUUAUAUACGUAUAACUAAAUAAAAUAAAUAUUCAUUUAGGGAAUAUGCGUUUUUCGAUUCGACGCUCCACUACUUUUUACAAAUGUUGAAAGUUUUAAAGAGUCAAUACAUAUGGCUGCUUUACAAUGGAAGGAAGAGAAUCCUCAUGUACUGGGCAUGGAUGACUUAAAGAUUGACAUUCCUGAUCCAGAAGAUACGAUUCACCGACUUAAUAAAAUGGUCAUGUCUAAGAAAAUAACUUUACAAAUGCCUGUCAAGAUAGAGCAAAGUGCGAGUGGUCUAGCUUAUCGACAUUUUGUGGUUGAUUGUUCGGGGUUUACAUUUGUGGAUACAAUGGGAGUCAAUGCGUUAAAAGAAGUUUGUUUAUUAUUUUUAUACGUUUGUUGUUUUCGAAUUACUUUUAAAAGUUUUGAAAAUUUUUAGUUUUAAUUUAAACUUUAAUUUUUAAAGGAUACAUAUUAUAUAAACGAUAAAGCAGAAUUGAUCUGCCAGCAACAAAUGAAAUUUAAAUUUAGAUUUUUAACGAAUUACGAUCCCACAUGAUUCUUGUGUACUUUGCGGCAGCGAAAGCACCAGUCCGUGAACUAUUUCAAAAAUGCGGAUUUUAUGCUUACGUACCAAAAUCCAACUUUUAUCCGACUAUUAGAGAUGCGGUAGCUAUAGCUAAAUUGCGACGAGACGCAUCUACAAUUCACUUGUUGGAAGAGCUGUCUUUACCGUACGAUCCACUAGAUGAACAGUUGAAUAUUCAUGCUGUGUCUUGA